UAUAGUAAUAUGUGAUUAUAUAUACUAGUAAAUUGUAAUUAAUUAGCUCAAAAAUAUAACUAUGUUAAUAUUUUAAAAAGUAAAACGACAUACGUAUAUAGUGGGUAUUGUCUAAAUUUUUUAAUAUAUUUUGACCUGUUAUCAAAUGGUGAAUUAGCAUUUACAUAUCAAUGACUGGAUAACUAUUACAUAACCCACGCAAAACCUACUUAUCUAUUUGAAUUUUGAAUAUUGUUCCCAAGUAGAUACAUCUGUGUAAUACGGUUUGGGGUUAUAAAUUAUAAUUGUCUUCCCAGUGACCUGAAUUUUAUUUAGGUAAAACAUUACAAUGACUUUUAUUGGAGUGAUAGAUAGGUACAAUGGAGUUACAGUCACUUCAAAAGAUGAACCCUGUGAUCAGGCUGAUUUUAAAGGCAAACUUGUGAGUUCCUUAACAAAAUGGGCAGAAGAAAAUAAAAGAUGUAUCUGGUUUAGAGUUAAUAUUGCAGAUGCAGAGUGGGUUCCUAUUCUAGCAAAUGAGGGUUUCAACUUUCAUCAUGCUAGAAUUGACUUUGUUAUGAUGUUCAAAUGGCUCCCACAAGAUAGACCAGCAAAUUUACCUCCUACAUGUCAUACAAACUUGGGAGUGGGUGGUCUAGUGGUAAAUAACAAAAAUGAAAUACUGGUUGUAAUGGAGAAACAUUUUGAACAUCCACAUUGGAAAUUACCUGGGGGAUAUGUGGAGAGAGGUGAAGACAUAAAAGAUGCUGCAAUAAGAGAAGUAAAGGAGGAAACUGAUGUUGAUACCAUUUUUGAAUCUAUGGUCACCUUAAGACACACACAUAAUGCUAUGUUUGGGAAUUCUGACAUUUAUGUUAUCAUUUUGUUAAAAGCUACCUCAGAUAUAAUCACUAAAUCAGAAAUAGAAAUCAAAGCUUGUAAGUGGAUGAAUGUCGAUGAGUUUUUAAACCAUCCUGAUGUGAUUGAUUUUAACAAAUUCAUUGUGAGACAAGCAUUAGAUUUAAAGACAAGAAAGAUUAAAUUUGAACUUCUUAAGAGAACAUUGAAACUUAAAACAAUUGUGAGAGACAUUACAUGCCUUACAAUUGAAGAUGUUUAACAUACAGAUAUUUUAAAUCACAAGUCAUGGUUGGUGGGACACCUAACAUUCCAACAUAACUAUUGUUUUAUGGUUGGUAUUUAAUUUAUUAAAUAUAUUAAGAUACA